GGCGAGGGGAACAUUGUGAAGGAACCAACAAACCGAGCGGAAAACCCGGUCGCGGGCGUGGCCGGAACGGCAGCUGCGCCGCCUCCGCGCUCGUCGCCCGAGCCGAGGAGGCCGUGUAGCGCUGUGGGGUGCGCGCUGCGAGCACUGACAGGGCAGCGCGGAUGGAAUCGAGCGAGGCGCCACCCGUCGCGUUUCCUCUGAGGCUCUGACCCGACCGUCGCUGUCGCGCUGUUCCUCUCGGGCUCUCGUUCCUCUUGCUCCCUCCCGCGGGCCGCGGCCGCCUUCGCCCGUCCCCGUCCCCGUCCCCGUCCCCGUCCCAAUUUCCACCAACCUUUCCCAAUCGCCCUCCAGGCUCUGGCACUGCGAGACGUUUCAUUAGCCACUUAGCCGUUCCCACGACACAAUCAGCACCACCGGUGUCCUCGCUGCCAAGGCGCCCGCCCGCUCGUGUGACGAGUGGCGUUCGUCCACCGCCCAUUCCGCGCUCAGCUCUGAGGGCCUCCCGCCCGCCGCGGCAUCAUCUCCGGCUCCUCUCGUCGCCACGGGUGUCACGAAAUGAUCCUGACUUGCUUGAGUUGCUUCUUGACACCAUAAGAAGCGAUCCAUCUGUUUCCAGUUGUACACAGAAAAUUAGUGCCUGGAAAAAUAAGAAUGGUAAGGGGGGCGAUAGGUGUCCUAAGAUGAAACUGCGGUUGCAUCUGUUCGUCCUGUGCGUGAUCAUUAUAUUCCUGGUGUACAACAUGGCUAACUUUCAACAUAAGCAGACAACGUUGGAAGCAAAAUCUCAUCCAUUUGAUACAGUGACGGUGUCUGACAGAGAUGCUGUUAAGGUGCCUCAAAAGGCUGAGGCUAGGAUUGGUUAUUUACCCCAUGGUAUAGUGGAGUCUAACUCUGACAUGGACUUGAAGCCAUUGUGGCUGACUACAAGUGCACGGUCAAAGAAGCCUAAACAAAAUGAUAAUUUUUUGAUUGCUAUUGCUGCCGGUAUAAAUCAGAAAAAAACUGUGGAUGCUAUUAUGAAGAAGUUUCUUCCAGAAAAUUUUACAGCUAUAUUGUUCCAUUAUGAUGGGAAUGUCAAUGGGUGGAAUGAUCUACCAUGGAGCAAAAGUGUGAUACAUAUAGCUGCCUCUAAUCAGACUAAAUGGUGGUUUGCAAAGAGGUUCCUCCAUCCUGCUGUUGUGUCCAUAUACCAGUACAUCUUUCUUUGGGAUGAAGAUCUGGAAGUAGAUAACUUUAGCCCGAGAAGAUACUUAAAUAUAGUUAGAUCAGAAGGGUUGGAGAUAUCACAACCAGGUCUUGACUCUAAGCUUUCUGAAAUUCAUCACCGGAUAACUGUUCGUAAAAAAGCAGGGACCUUUCAUAGCGUGUAUUUUGAUAGAAGAGUUAGCCGGGCUAACAAAAAGUGUUCAAGAGAAGGACCACCUUGUUCUGGAUGGGUCGAGGGCAUGGCACCAGUUUUCUCAAAGUCCGCUUGGCAAUGUGUGUGGCACCUUAUCCAGAAUGAUCUUAUCCAUGGAUGGGGCAUCGAUUACAAGUUUGGGUAUUGUGCUCAGGGUGACAGGACAAAGAACAUUGGCGUAGUUGAUAGUGAAUUUAUAGUUCACCGAGGAGUGCAGACAUUAGGAGGUUCUACAAUAACAAAGGAUGGUAUUCGUGGCAAAAAUGCCAAGCCACUCGGCCAGAAAGCAGCUCAAAUCCAAAGAUCGAGAGGGAGGGCUCCAGGCCUUGAUAUGCGAACAAAGAUCCGGAGAAAAUCGCGAUCCGAGCUCCGUGAUUUUCAGAAGCGCUGGGACCGGGCUGCAAGGGAAGACAGAACAUGGGUUGAUCCGUUUGCCCGCUCCCGAAGAAAGCGGAAGAAUAGAAACCCACAGUAGAUCAGCAUAAUCUUCACUGUUACACUUGCACAUAAUUCCGUUUGCACCUUGGAUUUAGAGUGUAUAAUAAUUGCAUAAUCAACAUUGUAUAAAUUCUCACAGACGAAACGAGAACCACACACGUGAAAUUUUCCGAUGGGAGUUGUGGGUUCUUGUAUCGAGGGGCAGGUCCAGGAUUUAAAGGAUGGGCAUUCGGAAUUGUAGUUGGCACAAUUUUUUUAACAACAUAAAUUUAUUAUUCAUGGGAGCGGAUAAUUAUCCAUUGGACAUAGAUGUGGUAUAAUUUGUUAUCCACAUGUAUGAGUAUGAAUAUAAUAAGGUAUUCAUUGAUAUUUUUUUUCUGAA